AAUAAUUUUGAUCCCUUUGUUUCUCUGACGAAACCGUUCGGCUGAAGCAAUGUCGUCUUUAGCGCUAAGGUUACAUAUUCCUUCGGUGGUGUCGGUGCGGAACACCAAACUACUCGGGCCGAGUGUUAGUGACUGCGGCCGGAAUUGGUCGGGACUUCCAAAAUCGAAGAGCAGACGAGGCAAUGGUCUCUGUUGUAAGGCGGAGCUGUCGGAGCUAGCUCCAGCCGUAUCUGCUGGUUAUGGUGUUCUUCUUCUAGGAGGCGGUCUCUUCGCCUAUAGCAAAUCUGGAAGCAAGGGUUCUCUCUUUGGGGGUUUGACUGGCUCUGUCCUUAUGGCUUCUGCCUACUUCCUUACAAAAUCUCCUGAGACAAGAGUCCUUGGCGAUACCAUAGGACUUGGUGCUGCCUUCCUCUUCUCUUCUGUCUUUGGGUUUCGUUUGGCGUCUUCUCGGAAACCGGUCCCUGCAGGUCCGCUACUACUCCUUUCUAUCGCCAUGUUGUCAUUCUUUGUGAUGGCCUAUAUGCACGACAGUUUACCUGUGCCUGUAUCAGUAUCAGAUGCGUUACCUCUACCUUAGCCUUUAUGAGAGAGCAUGGGCUUUUAGCCAGAUUGGAAUGUUCUCAAAUGUAUGAAUCAAAGAACGGUUUUGCUUUUGCCCACACACCCAAUAAGUAGCGCAAGGCUUUUUGAGGCGAAUGUUUUUUGAGUGGAUAAUCUCUGUUUGUGGGUUGUUGCUAAAUCAAACACAGAUACAUCUCCAUGCUGAAUAAAAGAACGUUGAAUA